AUGGAGAAAGAGACGCCAGACCAGAUGACUCGCAUUGCCCGCGAGAUCUCCAUGUCGCCGUCGACAUAUGAAAAGAUCUACCUCUCGCCACCGAACAGCGACACUCGAGAGCUGCGCAAGGCCUUUGCCAAUCCGACUCCUUUAUGUCUUCUAGGCUUCAUAAUGAGCCUAGGACCCUUGUCCUGCGAUCUUAUGGGCUGGAGAGGCGCUGGGGCCAAUGGAUCCUCGUCAAUCGGUGUUUUCUUCUUCAUGGGCGGACUUCUGAUGAUUAUCGGCGGAGUCGGCGAGUUCAUCUUGGGCAAUAGCUACCCGUUCAUUGUCUUUUGCGGCUUUGGUGGAUGGUGGUUGAGCUUCGGAGCAACACUGAAACCUUCCUUCGGAGCGUACGGAAACUACUCGCCAGAUCCCACGGAUCCUGCUGCUGGGUUGUCUACCACAGGUUUUCUUGCUGGUUUCGGAUUUUUCCUCCUCUUCAUGGCCCUCUUCUGCUUGGUCUGCCUCAUCUGUUCUCUGAAGCUGAACAUCUGUCUGGUCAUCAUCCACAGUACCCUGGUCAUUUGCUUCUGCCUGCUCACAGGUUCGUUUUGGCAUUCAGCGGAAGCAGGAACAGAAGUCGCGUCGAAGUUACUGAUCGCGGGUGGAGCAUUUGGUUUCGUGUCAGCGGCGGCGGCAGGCUAUCUCUUCCUGUCGCAGAUGCUUUUGACCGUCGAAUUUCCUGUUUCUCUUCCUGUGGGCGAUUUGAGUUCGCUCUUUGCGCGUCAUCAGAACCAAAUCAAGGGAAAGGCACAAGGAGUGGAUCCUUGA